AUGGCCUUCUUUAUUAGCAGCAUCGCCAUCGCCGACCAGCCCCGGCCCGAUCCCGGGACUGUGGCGCGCCCCCCGCUGCAGCAAGGCAAGCGCGGGCCGGCGACGGGCGGCAGGGCUGCCCCACGGACGCGAGACGCCGAUUUAUGGAAACAGUUUGUAGAAUGCGACCCGGACCAUCGCCACCCUCCGGCGGGCGAGCUC